CUAAUCGACUACGGCGCUGAUGUCUCCAUUAAAGAGGGCGCAUACGGAGCGGCAGCAUUACAGGCAGCAUGCCAGAACUCCAAGAUCUCGAUUCCUGUUAUACAGAUGCUACUAGAGAAGGGCGCUGACGUGAAUGCUCGAGGUGGGUACUACGGCAACGCUCUGAAUGCACUGUGUCAGCUUGAAACUGGACAGGAGCGCAAGCUUGAAGCAGUGAAGCUGCUUCUGAGCUAUGGCGCGGAUGUUCGUACUGAAGCUGGUUGUUAUGGGACGGCACUCCAAGCUACGUGUGCCUGCCCCGAAGAAUACGGCAGAGAAAACAUAGCGCGUCUUUUGAUACGCUCUGGCGCCGAUGUGAAUACACAGGGUGGACGAUACGGCACUGCACUUCAGGCAGCUUGCGAAGUCGGAACCAUGGCGGUGGUGCGUCUCUUACUUGAAGAAGGCGCCCUUGUUAAUGUUGAAGGCGGAUACCAUGGCACUGCCUUCCAGGCCGCCUGCGCAAAAGGCCAUAUUGAGGUGGUGCAGUUUCUUCUCGAUAUUUGCCCCAACAUCGACAUCAAUGCACAAGGUGGAUUAUUCGGCUCGGCUUUGCAGGCGGCAGCAUACUCGGGCCAGACGCCUACUAUCAACUUACUGUUAAGCAAAGGAGCUCAUGUAAACGCUCGCGGCGGGAAAUAUGGCAGUGCCCUGAAUGCCGCCGUUAUCGCACGCAACUGGGACAUUGUUCAGAUUCUACUCGAAGCCGGCGCGGUGCCUGAC